UCGGCGUGGAGUAGGGAAAGACCGUUCGAGUUGGUUGAAAGGCAGCUAAGAUGGCGGCGGCAGGAGGCGGAGGAGAUUUGGAUGCUGGAGGCCAUGGUGGGCCAGAAGGUAGUCUCCUUGGGCUUGAAAUCGAGGCUGGUCCGGACGCAGAGCCGGACUCGGAGGUAUUUUCGUGCGUGGCUCACUGCUCCGAACUGGCCUGCCGACAGAAUGAGCAGCGGCGGUUGGGCCUCUUCUGUGACGUCACGUUGGCUUUCUGUGGCAGUAGCAACGGCGAGGAAGGGGGCGUGGGCGGGGCUACGUCGCGUCCCGAUCCUCCCCCUCGGGAGUUCCGCGCGCACCGCUCGGUUCUCGCUGCAGCUACCGAAUACUUCGCUCCUCUUCUCUCCGGUGACUUCGCAGAGUCGCGCUCGGGGCGCGUGGAGCUGCGCAAAUGGAGCUCCGAGGCCGGACCAGACCCCGAAACGGUGGAAGCUGUCAUCAGCUUCAUGUACACGGGCCGUGUCCGCGUCAGCCCCGGGAACGUCCACGAGGUUCUGGAGCUGGCCGAUAGGUUUUUAUUGAUACGCUUAAAAGAGUUUUGUGGGGAAUUCCUUAAGAAGAAGCUAAGCCUCUCCAACUCUGUGGCCAUCCAUAGCUUAGCUCACAUGUACUCACUGAACCAGUUGGCUUUGAAAGCUGCUGACAUGAUCAGAAGGAACUUCUACAAAGUCAUUCAAGAUGAGGAAUUCUACACUUUACCAUUCCACCUCAUCAGAGACUGGCUUUCAGACGUAGAAAUCACAGUGGACUCAGAAGAAGUUCUCUUUGAGAUGGUUUUUAAGUGGGUUCAAAGAAAUCCUGAUGAAAGAGGGAAAUACUUUGGGGAGCUCUUCAGACUUCUCCGGUUGUCACAAAUGAAACCCACUUAUUUGACACGACAUGUCAAAUCUGAAAGGCUUGUAUCCAGUGAUGAAACUUGCCUCAAACUUGUAUCAGAAGCAGUAGAAAGCCAUGCUCUCAGGGCUGAGAAUUUGCAGUUAGGUAACUUCCAACAAAUUACUUCUCCCACAACAUCACUGCCUCGCUUUGGGCAAAACAUGGAUGUUAUCAUGGUGAUUGGUGGUGUGUCUGAGGGAGGGGACUACUUGAGUGAGUGUGUGGGUUAUUUUAUUGAUGAAGAUAGAUGGGUGAAUUUACCACACAUACACAAUCAUCUUGAUGGACAUGCUGUUGUUGUGACGGAAUCCUAUGUUUACGUAGCGGGUUCCAUGGAGCCUGGUUUUGCCAAGACUGUGGAAAGAUACAGCCCAAAUCGAAAUGUCUGGGAGCAAGUUUCCAAUCUGAUAACGAGGAAGCAUUCGUUUGGUCUCACCGAGGUAAAGGGGAGCCUGUAUAGCAUUGGUGGGCAUGGGAAUUUCAUUCCUGGCUUCAAAGAUGUAGCUGUCUAUCAUCCUGAUCAAGAUAAGUGGCACAAUCUGGAAUCGGCACCAAAAAUACUCCGGGAUGUCAAAGUGAUUACUGUAGAUGACAGGUUUGUUUAUAUGGCUGCUCGCACACCUGUUGAUGGGGAUAAUGAAGAAGGGUUAAGGGCUGUCAUCAUCCGAUACGAUGCAGAUGCAAGACAGUGGCAAGACACUGAGUCUUUGCCACUCCUUGACAACUACUGUUGCUUUCAGAUGGCUGUGGCCAACACUAACUUUUACCACACAGCCUCAUGUUGUCCCAGAAGCUAUCCUUUGGAUCAUGAAGAGGCGAAGCGGAAGAUCUCUAACCAGGUGUCUGGUGACAUUCUGGAAACGUUACCACCUGAGGUUCUUAGCAUUGAAGGGGCAGCUAUCUGCUAUUACAAGGAUGAUGUCUUCAUCAUAGGUGGGUGGAAGAACAGUGAUGACACGGACAAACAAUACAGGAAAGAGGCUUACCGCUAUUGUGCUGAAAGAAAACGCUGGCUACUGCUCCCUCCCAUGCCCCAGCCUCGCUGCCGUGCUACAGCCUGUCACGUGAGAAUCCCUUUCCGGUCUUUGUAUGGCACACAGCGAUAUCCAAUGCCCCAAAACCUAAUGUGGCAGAAGGACCGGAUCCGACAGAUGCAGGAGAUACAUCGUCAUUCCUUAAGCUUGCGGAGGAUGCCACGAUCCCAGAUAGAGUGCUAAUGUGAAUAAAUGGAAUUUGAGAAAGGCCUGUUGGUGUUGCCGUGCUUGACAUGGUCUCCUAACAGUAACCUAGCCUGCUCUGUUUAAGCACUGGGGACUAUUGCAGAUCUAGCCUUCUGGGUGUUAGUUUGCCAGGAUUGCAAGUUCCACAGGAAAUCUUGAUGUAGUUUAGCCAUAUUAUGAAGGUAGGCAUUAUAACAUCUCUUGAACCUUUAGUUUUCCCUUAAGAUGAGACACAAAUAUAGAAUCCAGCGAAAUAAUUGUUCUGGCAGUUUGUAGAUAGGCCUAGGAAAUACAAAGGUUCAGCCUCUUGCCUCUCUUUCACAGGUCCCACUUGUUCUAAUUAGCUGUGUGAGAGAUCUAAUUAGCUGUGUAUUGGGACCUCUUAUCCCUCUUAAAAGAUUUAUACAGGUUGUGUUCAGUGUUGUUUCUACUUAUUUUAAAAUAUCGAUAGAACACAAUUUUAAGGUUUUUGUUUUUUAAGACUUCAGUUUUAUUUGUUUUUGAAAAGAUGUUGUUGUUAGUCGCGAAGCCAUGUCCAACCCAUUGCAACCCCAUGGACCCAUCGCGACCCCAUUUGCAAAGAUACUGUUUAAGAAAUCUGCAACUGCUCUGGAUCAACUGAUUUCUGUCAAACCUGGAGCCAAGUGCAAUAGUUUUAAAAAAUCCCUAUAUAUGAGGAGUAAAGCACAAUCUUCAAAAUGUACCAUGCUUAUAAAUAUUUUAUAGUUGUACUAAGUAGAAGCAUUUGAGUAGACCGAGAGAUUUAUUAGUGAAAAUAAUAGCUUUUAAUAGUUGGGUCAUCCUUACUCCUAUGCUGAAAGUUUCAGUGUCUUUAUUUUGAAGGGCUUCACUGUAGUUUUCAGUUAUGUCCCUUCUAUUUUGUAGUAGUCCCAUUGAUUUCAACAAAAGGAAUAUUAUAUAAAUGGUUCAGGAUUGUGGCCUUAAAGGAAUGAAUGAAAAGACCAAAAAGAUCAACAUUACAAAUCCAAAUUCAUAAUCUGAAGGAAUUGGGAGUUCAUCAAUGCAGGCACAAAGUUGAAUGUGUUUUCAAGGAAGGAAUAGAGUAAGCCUAAUUAGAAAAGCAAACCACCCAGCCUGCCUUUGACAAUCAAAUCUCUAUGCCUUCAUAAUAUGCAAUUUCUUGUUGAGACUGUAUUGAGUAUUUGAGACUUUGGUUGAUAUGGAAAAGUUGCCUCCAUUUUAAUUUUCGAUAGCUAGGGUCCUACUUUUGCCAAUGUUUUAAUUGGCUUUUUGGCAGAUAAUACAAUUGUCAUAAAGUAAAAUUAGUUGACACAAAUAAAAAGUAAUCUGCUUUUUACCCUUAAGAAAGCAAUGUCCCACUUGCUCUAGGUUGCGGAUAACAUUUUAGAAGAUGCAAAAUGUUAAUGUAUUUUUAUUGACCAAUUUAAAGUAGUACCUAAGCUUUAAUCCUUCUCAGAGGUCCUUUUCAGGCAGACAGACAUGGUUAAAAAAAAUCCUUCACAGUAAAUUGAGCUGAUCCAACCGAAUACUUCAUUUUACUUUUGUGGAUGUUGUCCUUUUGGGAUCAACCACCUCUAUUGAUUACUGCCUUGAAAAAAAUCAGUGAUAUUUUUCAUGGGAUUUCCCUUGGCCUCUGCAGUUUUCUCGCCCUUCACCUCCCCAGAUGCCUAAAUACAGCAUUGCAAUGUUUAUCCUGCCCCUACAGUUGGCUGCAGUAAUGAAACCAUUGGGAUGUAAGCCAGCUGUUUUAUCUAGUAAGAGCUGCAGAAGCUAAUUGUACACCUAAUUUUGUGCCAAAAUAUGCAGACGUUAAAGUUAUAGUAAUUCAAAAUUGGGAUGAAGAGCAGUGCAUUACUGGGCUCUUAUGUGAAUACUUGGAAUAAAAUCAGCUUCCUUUCUAUUUAUAAAAGAACUUUCCAUUAAAGUUCUGAUUAUACCUGGAUUCUGUUUUUCCUACCUCUUUUAUUGCAUUUCUUCUUUCACUGGUCCACUUUUAUACCUAGGAGCAUUGAGAUGGUAUGAGGAAGAGAGUAAGAAAUCGGCAUUCGCCUGAUUAUUAUGACAGCUAAUUACAGUGUAUUUUAAUAGUAAAUAGUGUCUUAAAUGUUGGAAUGCACUUAAGUUUUUGUUUUUUAAAGAGGUUUUACUUUAAGGACUGACCAUUCUUGUUUUCCAAUUUAGCAAGAAGCCUAAUUCAUGUCUCAGAUAUUGGGGUAAGUCUUUCAACUGCAUGGAUAUGCACAGGUUUUCUUGACUUGCAUUUGUCCCCCUAAUGUUACUGUUUACAAUGUAUUUUUGUUAAAACCUUGUAUGCAUUGAAUAACUGUCUUGCUGUCAAGUUCAGACUAAUGCAGCCUUGUCAACAAAGUCACAAACGUAAAAGUAGAGGGAUGUCCACUUGCCUGCUUUCAAAACAUACUGUGUGUACCAGUCAGUUGUUUAGAUGCUUUAAAAAGUUUAUGGUUAACCUGUUGAUGGUCUGCUAAUGUUAGGCUAACAUUCUAAAUCUGCAGGGCUUUAAACAGCUCUACUUAGAGUAUUAACACAUUGCCUAAAGGGAGUUAUGGUCACUUCUAUGUGGAAAAUUUUACUGAUUUAAGUAGAGGCUGUAAUUUUUCAGAGGUCUGAAUUUCUCUUUUAGAAUUCUCACUGCAUUAGAAUUAAUAAGAUUCUCUCAGGAAAAGCAGUGUCAAAACUCUUCAAGCCAGUAGGCAUCAUUACUGUUGUAUCUGGUCUGCAGUGCACAAUGGCUGGUAAUCUCCACAAGUGAAUUAACAUAUUGACUGUGCUAAUUACUAUAUCUGUACAACUGUUCAGUCUGACUGGUAAGCUUACCUUCUUUAAAUUAAAUUGUAAGUCACCUUGGAUGUUGCUUGUGAAUGCCAGUCACUUAUAGUAAACCAGUGUCUACAUGCCUCGCUUGGAGACUUUAGUUUGCAUGGAAAGUUAAGGGCACUCUAGAGAAUUGUUGCAUUGUACCAUGUGUAGUGUCAAAUGUCAGAAUUUCUUAAUGUAGUCUGGAUGUUAGGCUACUAACCUGCUUCUCUGUUCUGAGUGCCUCUUAGCCCCCAAAUAGCACAGCCCUGGUGCUGCAUGCCAUUUUUUGUUUCAAUUUAAGUCAUGUCUUUCCUUGACAAAACAAAGCAGUCACCUGACCAAAGGAAAUCCUCAAAUGGUUUAUCCAAACUGUACUCCCAUUUGGGAAAAGUUGACAACACAGUUGACAGUCAUACUGAAAUAAUGGGACUUCUGUCAUAGUAAAUAUGGUUAGGUUUAGGCUGCUAAUGAUAGACAUGAGUCCUGUUCUUCCUAGCAACAUACAUAGCUUCAGGACAAGGAAGCAUACCAGCUGCCAACAGACUUAGAAAACCAAUCUCUUUUUUAAAGUGAGAUUAUUCUUUGCUACGACAGAACUCCUGUUUUACACUCUGACUUCAGCUUGUAGAGUAGGGUAGAUCUUAGUAUGAUGCCUAAGGUGACAUUAUUACUGUAAUAAUACUGUUUUUAUAGGUUACAUGCAUAUGCACAGAAUCUUCCCAUUCCUAGAUCCAAACUUUUAUAUUGUGUUUGUUUCCAUGAGGCUCACCUUUAUGCUGUGAAGGUAACGACAUGUCAGUACAAUUUAUUUAGGAAAUCUCUGCAGCAUUUCUACAAAUGAUUCUUUACUAUUGUUACAACCUUCACUACAAAGGUCAAAUUACUAUUAUUUAGAUAAGAUACUAUUUGCAGUAUUAUGGAUGGGCCAUUUCCAGGAAGCUACAAGAGAAUGGUGCUAUUGUAAGCAUCUGCCAUCUUCCAGAGGCAUUAACAGGCAGACCUUACUUCCUGGCAUGAGACUUGGACAGUGCAGAUAUUUAGAUAAGAAGGGAUUUCAUUUACUGUUUCUGAUCUUACCCAAGGCUCUAAUUAUGCAAAAGAAGGCCCUGCCUCUCCCUCCAAACUGUCCAUGGUUUGCUUGCGGGGAGAGCUUUGGAGCCAGAAGAAUACCUGCUCGUUCUGUCCUCCAGUAUUUUCUGUAAGGCUCUUUCUUUUGCUCUAUGCUUGCUUGGAAGCGUAAGGGAGGGAAGGGCUUGCUAGAGGACUGAAGAAAGAAGAAACGGUUUGCAGAAGGACAGUGACAGACAUUAAUCCUGUUUUUUUCCCUGUCCCCUAAGUCAGAAAACAUCUUCCUCUUCUUUUUGCCUUCUAGUAAUCACAGAGGACAGGGAAGAAGGGAUUCUUCUUUUAUUAGGGGUGAUCAGAUUAGUGUUCAGCACAUAUAGAAACAAGCAGUAAUCUUGCAGUAAUAGUGGUAUUGCACAGAGUGGACCAAACUGGAAAUGCAUGUCUGUCUGUUUUGCCUCCUUAGUAUUAGGACUAUUUCAAAGCCAUCCUGGUUAUAAGUGGCAGGUUUGCUGAAACAACUCUCUGCAUCCCCUAAACUAUGACUGUUAAUUCAUAGUCCUAAGAAUUUCUUAUUGAUCAGUGAACCUUUUGGGUCGAGUUCUCUUGUAAAAUAUAUCCCUAAAAUCUAUUUUAAAAACUUGCAGUUCAAUAUAUGCUGUACUAAAGUUCUGUAACACUAAAUGUGAUUUCAAUAAACAUUUUAUUUCUCUA